AGUAGGGGUGUGUGUAGGGGAUGCAGGCAGCAGCCUGGCUCCCCUGCUGGCCAGGCAGUUGGUAUGUUCCGGGAUCUGAGCAGCUCCUUCUAGCAUCCUUCAUCCUUCAGGUACCAGCCAUCCAAGGCAGUCCUUGAGCUGCAGAAUCUGAGACCACCCCUUCACAGACCUCUGGCCUGACCCUCCCCAGUGGCCUUGUCUGUAUUAGCUGCUUCUGUGUAAAAUACUUCCAGUUGCAACUCCCUGCAGAGUGGGGCACCCAUCUUAGGCAGAAGGUUUGGUGCCCCCCCCACCCUACACCCCAGGGCUGCUGCUGCUGUCGCCUGUCACUUCAGGAUGAAAGGGGAGACGCCUGUGAACAGCACUAUGAGUAUUGGGCAAGCACGCAAGAUGGUGGAACAGCUUAAGAUUGAAGCCAGCUUGUGCCGGAUAAAGGUGUCCAAGGCAGCGGCAGACCUGAUGACUUACUGUGAUGCCCACGCCUGUGAGGAUCCCCUCAUCACCCCUGUGCCCACUUCGGAGAACCCCUUCCGGGAGAAGAAGUUCUUCUGUGCCCUCCUCUGAGCUGCCCUGUCCCUCCUAACUCCUCACCUUUCCCUCUCCUGGGCCCUUCCUUAGGUCAGUAACUGCGGUGAGCCCCAGGCUCCCUGCAUCCCAUUCCUCACCCUUGCCCAGCCAUGCGAGGUUAUCUAAAGCACAAGGCCCUCCCUCACCAUCCGGCGACCCCAUUUCAUUUCCUCGCCCUCUGUGGCCGACCCCAAGCACCCGUGAUACGGGCACCCUUCGCUCCAUGCACACAAGGGCCCCCGUCAGACUCUGCCAGCGUCCUGCCCGCUUCCCUCUGUGACCGCUCAGACAAUGGAGGGAGGGAUGGGCCGGGUGCUUGCUGUCUCACCUGGAGCUACUGGAAGGGUAAAGCCAUUUGACGAAUAAAGUCAUCCAGAGCCUCAGAGGA